AUGCCUGCUUCCCAGGCCACACCUCACCAGCAUUUCCCCUACGCCCCCCACACAGGGCCAGUCGACGUGGACGAGUGCUCGGAGGGCACGGAUGACUGCCACAUCGAUGCCAUCUGCCAGAACACACCCAAGUCCUACAAAUGCCUCUGCAAGCCAGGCUACAAGGGGGAAGGCAGGCAGUGUGAAGACAUCGACGAAUGUGAGAAUGACUACUACAACGGGGGCUGUGUCCACGAGUGCAUCAAUAUCCCAGGGAACUACAGGUGCACCUGCUUCGACGGCUUCAUGCUGGCACACGAUGGACACAACUGUCUGGAUGUGGAUGAGUGUCAGGACAACAAUGGCGGCUGCCAGCAGAUCUGCGUCAAUGCCAUGGGCAGCUACGAGUGUCAGUGCCACGGUGGCUUUUUCCUCAGCGACAACCAGCACACCUGCAUCCACCGCUCCAACGAGGGUAUGAACUGCAUGAACAAAGACCAUGGCUGUGCCCACAUCUGCCGGGAGACGCCCAAAGGUGGGGUGGCCUGCGACUGCAGGCCCGGCUUUGACCUUGCCCAAAACCAGAAGGACUGCACACUAACCUGUAACUAUGGAAACGGAGGCUGCCAGCACAGCUGCGAGGACACGGACACGGGCCCCAUGUGUGGCUGCCACCAGAAGUACGCCCUCCACUCAGACGGUCGGACGUGCAUCGAGACGUGUGCAGUAAAUAAUGGAGGCUGUGACCGGACGUGCAAGGACACGGCCACCGGAGUGCGAUGCAGCUGCCCGGUUGGCUUCACGCUGCAGCCCGACGGGAAGACGUGCAAAGACAUCAACGAGUGCCUGGUCAACAACGCGGGCUGUGACCACUUCUGUCGCAACACCGUGGGCAGCUUCGAGUGCGGCUGCCGCAAGGGCUACAAGCUGCUGACCGAUGAGCGGACGUGCCAAGACAUCGACGAGUGCUCCUUCGAGCGGACCUGUGACCACAUCUGCAUCAACUCCCCGGGCAGCUUCCAGUGCCUGUGUCACCGCGGCUACAUACUCUAUGGGACAACCCACUGCGGAGAUGUGGAUGAGUGCAGCAUGAACAACGGGAGCUGUGACCAGGGCUGCGUCAACACCAAGGGCAGCUACGAAUGCAUCUGCCCCCCGGGGAGGCGGCUCCACUGGAACCGGAAGGACUGCGUGGAGACAGGCAAGUGCCUUUCCCGGGCCCAGGCCUCGCCCCGGGCCCAGCUGUCCUGCAGCAAGGCGGGCAGUGUGGAAAGCUGCUCCCUUUCCUGCCCGGCCCACACCCACUUCAUGCCAGACUCGGAAAACAGCUACAGCCUGAGCUGCGGCGUCCCAGGUCUCCAGGGCAAGACGCUGCAGAAGCGCAACGGCACCAGCUCCAGCACGGGGCUCAGCUGCUCAGGUGCCCCUGCCACCCCCAUCAGACAGAAGGCCCGCUUCAAGAUCCGCGAUGCCAAGUGCCACCUCCGGCCCCGCAGCCGGGAGCCCACAAGGGAGGCCCUGAGGCAGCUGCUGCUGGAAAAUUGCCACUUGACCUUUGUGACCUUCAAGUGUGACUCCUCCAAGAAGAGACGCCGUGGCCGAAAGUCCCCAUCGAAGGAGGUGACCCAUAUCACAGCAGAGUUCGAGGUUGAGACAAAGAUGGAAGAGGCCUCAGACACCUGCGGAGCAGACUGUGCGCGGAAGCGAGCGGAGCAGAGCUUGCAGGCCGCCGUCAGGACCCUGCGCAAGUCCAUCAGCCGGCAGCAGUUCUCCGUCCAGGUCGCGGACACCGAGUACGAGGUGGCCCAGCGGCCGGCCAAGGCCCUGGAGGGCCAGGGGGCGUGCGGCACAGGCCAGGUGCUGCAGGACAGCAGAUGCGUGGCCUGCGAGCCUGGCACCUACUUCAGCGGAGAGUCCGGCCAGUGUGUGCCGUGCACACCGGGGACCUACCAGGACGGGGACGGCCAGCUCAGCUGCACACCGUGCCCCAGCAGCGACGGGCUCGGCCUGGCUGGUGCCCGCAACGUAUCGGAAUGCGGAGGCCAGUGCGCCCCAGGCUUCUUCUCCGCAGACGGCUUCGGACCCUGCCAGGCCUGCCCCGUGGGCACUUACCAGCCCGAGCCCGGGCGCACCAGCUGCUUCCCCUGCGGAGGGGGGCUGCUCACCAAGCAGGAGGGCACGGCGUCCUUCCAGGACUGUGAGGCCAAAGUGCGCUGCUCCCCCGGCCACCACUACACCACCACCACCCACCGGUGCGUCCGCUGCCCCGCUGGCACCUACCAGCCCGAGUUCGGCCAGAACCACUGCAUCACCUGUCCGGGCAACACCAGCACCGACUUCGACGGCUCCACCAAUGUCACACACUGCAAAAACCAGCACUGCGGUGGCGAGCUCGGCGACUACACGGGCUACAUCGAGUCCCCCAACUACCCCGGCGACUACCCGGCCAACGCGGAGUGCGUAUGGCACAUCUCGCCGCCCCCUAAGCGCAGGAUCCUCAUCGUGGUCCCUGAGAUCUUCCUGCCCAUCGAGGAUGAGUGCGGGGACGUCCUGGUCAUGCGGAAGAGUGCCUCGCCCACGUCUGUCACCACCUACGAGACCUGCCAGACCUACGAGCGGCCUAUCGCCUUCACCUCGCGUUCCCGCAAGCUCUGGGUCCAGUUCAAGUCCAACGAAGGCAACAGCGGCAAAGGCUUCCAAGUGCCCUAUGUCACCUACGACGAGGACUACCAGCAGCUGAUAGAAGACAUCGUGCGGGACGGACGGCUGUACGCCUCGGAGAACCACCAGGAAAUUUUGAAAGACAAGAAGCUGAUCAGGGCUCUCUUCGACGUGCUGGCGCACCCCCAGAACUACUUCAAGUACACGGCCCAGGAGUCCAAGGAGAUGUUCCCGCGCUCCUUCAUCAAACUGCUGCGCUCCAAAGUGUCGCGGUUCCUGCGGCCCUACAAGUAGCACGGGUGCCGCCCGCCGCCCUGCUUGGGGAUGCGGGGUCCGGGGAUGCGGCUUCUCGUGCUGCUGCGACCUCCGGUGCGGGCGUCCCCCGGGCGGCUCCCGCCCUCCGCGCAGCUGAGGCCGCUCCACCCGCCCCUGUUGCCUUGGGAGACCCCGUGGCGGCUGCCCUUUUGGAAAGGCCGACUCCCGUGGAGGGCAGGGCCACACCCCGGCAGGGACCUCAGCCCUGCGCUCCUCGUCCCUCCCCGCCCUGGGGGCGCAUUGCUUAGGGCAGCCUCUCCCACCCUCCCUCCGCCUGUUCCUUUCCUGGACACGAGAGUCCCCUGUCCUGGGCCCGCACUGGUGGACGCCACCCGGUCCGGGGCACUGUGCCACCGCACGGGCGGGUCCUGGCAGAGAGCACGUUUGGGGACUGCAUGUGCUUCUGGCAGGACACUUCAGGAGAGAGAGGAGCAUGGCUGCUACCAUCUCCCAAAGGACAAGCCAGGCCUCGGGAGGAAGGGUGUGCAAGGCCAUCUGGACGGCUUCGAUAAGCUGGUAUUGAGGCCUGCAGGGGCCCACACCCGCAGACUCCUCUGGCCACAGGCCCAAGACGCCACUGCCCUGUGGUCAGGGCCCGUGGGUCCUGUGAGGGGACAGAAAAGAGCUGCUAGGCGAGGAAACUGUAGAUUUGUGCUUUUCCUUUGAUAGAGCAUCUAAUUAAGUAUUAUAUAUAUAUAAAUAUAAAUAUAUAUGAAAAUAUACUUCUAUUUGUGGGUACAUUAGGAAAAUUCUCUUAAGCAACUGUAAAUAUGGCCACCCUAGCU